CCAUUUUUUAUUUCAAUUCCAAUUCUGAUUAAUAUUCAAUUGUUUUGAUUAGUAAUUAUAUUUUAUUAUAUUCGAAAUGAAUUUACCUUUUAUUAAACUUGUGUUUUAGUUUUGUCUCUUUUUCUUCACACUGUUUGGAUUGUGGUUUUGGUAUUUUCGGUGAGUGUUUGGUUAAUCGGUUUUUGUGUUGAUGUUUUUGUCUCACCAACAAUGGAACAGCUUAAAUGACCAGAAUUCAAUCAAUCUUUUAAGAAAAUUGGCUCUUUUUUCUCAUAUGGUAAUAGUUUUGUGGAUUUUGAUUCAAGUUACCUGCAACUGAAUUAGCAUUGGAUUCAAUACAUUUUGACUUUAUCCCAUUUCUGGCCACUUAGGCUUAACCAUCAACAAUGAACAUGAUAACCACCUCAUCCUUUGAGAUUGUUAAAUGUCUUAAAGAUUGGCAUCACAUUUGGAAGUAUCAACUUUAUCUCAAUCGUGAGGUUGAACUUUUUGAUAAAAUUGGUGGAUUUAUUAAUGACUUAUUGGAAUGGCGUCGUCAGCUCGUUGAAGCAACUUUAACCAAAGAUCAGGUUAAAGAGUUGACCCUUAAGGUUACCCGUCAUAUUGAUACUGGUAAUCGGAUUCUUGGUUUAGAUUUGGUUCCAAGGAUUGAUGGACAACUUGUUGAUCCUGAGUUAAUUAGUCCUAUUGAGCUUUAUCAAAUUCACUAUGAGUCAAGCAAUGGAAUGGCUCCCAGUCAAAGAGCCAGCAAUACCUCUACUCAUUCGUCUACAUUUACCUUUAUAUCCAAUUUUUUAUACCUUGAUGUUCGUGAUAUUCUUUUACCUUUGGUUAAUUACGAUGACAAUUUUGAAUUAUCUUUUUAUCUUUAUGAUUAUUCAACAACUACCUGUUUGAGUGAAAAGUUUGUCGUACGUACUUCGGGUGCCAGUGUCAAUGUUGCCAAUGGAGGUAAUCACAUUGACCAUCCAUCAGCAAAAGGAAAUACUUACAGUACCAUUUUUACAGAUCUAAGCAAUAUCAAUACUUCCGGUGAUGUUUAUCUUCUAGUUCAAGUUAUGCGAAUUGGUAAAAUGUUGAGUGUUGAAGGUAAAUCUUCCAAAUCUGCUUUUUCUUCAUCAACUCUUCCCUCUUCUCAUCAUCACCAUUCAACAUCUUCAUCAAAUUCAGCUGCUGGUUCUUGGUCAAAUUUACGUUUUAAACGACCCUUUGGAAGUGCAAUUCAAGGUCUCUCAGAUUUUCUCAAGUCAGAAUCAAAUGAGAAAGAGUUUACCUUGAAACUUGCAUGUACAUCAAAUGAGAGUGAUUUCUUUCAAGUUCAUGAUAUGCUUUAUAAAAAACACACCAACAAAUUAACCCAAAUGGCCAACACCUCAAUAACAGUGACGGUUAAAUUUUUAACUGGUCCUGAUUCAAGUAAAAUAAUCAAUGAAAAUGCAUUUAUAUUUCAAAAUGUUUCAUGUACUACUGGUAAAAUGGGAUUUCCUGAUGUAAUUAUGCCCGGUGAUGUAAGAAACGAUUUAUAUUUAACCUUGGAAUCAGGUGAAUUUGAGAAAGGUGGUAAAUCGAUUCCGAAAAAUGUUGAGGCCCAUAUUACGCUUUACGGUGCUGAUGCGGCUCCAAUAAUUAACAGCAUCUCUUCCGGAUGUGGAAUCGAUUCGGUUUCAACCUACACCUCUCAGGUUCUCUAUCAUAAUAAUAAUCCCCGUUGGAUGGAAAGUAUCAAAGUUUUAAUUCCACUUGAAGUUUGUGACCUGAAGGCUCAUAUUCGCAUUGAAUUUCGUCAUUGUUCAACUAAAGAAAAUCAAAGUCAAAGAGAGAAGGAUAAAAAUUUUCUAGGAUUUUGCUUCUUUCCAUUAUCCGAUGAUAAAGGAACCAUUAUCAAAGAUGGUUGUCACGAGUUGUACCUUUACAAGUCCACUGGUCAAACAGAAAUUCGUGCUCGCCUCAAUGAUCCCAGUUCUUACCUUUCUUUACCCUAUGGUCCUAAAGAUGAUCGAGAAAUGAAUCAUGAAGGGAUGAAUCAACUAAGUCGAAGUAGCAAAGAAUCGGUUCAUGUUCGAACUCAACUUUGUUCAACCAAAUUAACCCAAAACACGGAUCUAUUGACAUUAUUGAAAUGGAGAUCAAACCCAGAGACCGUUCAAGAUGCGCUGAUGAAAGUACAUCGUUUAAAUGGCGAAGAAGUGGUCAAAUUCCUACAAGAUAUUCUUGACGCUCUUUUCUCCAUGUUUUCCACCCAUGAUGGUAAUCAAACUCACCAUUCGGGACUUGUAUUUAAAGUGUUACUUCACAUUCUGUCUCUUCUCGAUGACCCCAAAUAUGAACAUUUCAAGCCAGUUCUUGAUACCUACAUUAAUGGUCACUUUGCCGCUGCUCUAGUUUAUAAAGGUUUAUUGCAUUCGGUUAAUCAAUGUACCGAUUUAAUCAAAGACAUCGAUUCCCAGGAAAGUAUUCAAAUGUGUUUUCGAUCACUCGAAUGGAUUUUCAAGUUUAUUGUCCAAUCGCGAAUCCUUUAUGCCCGAGCAACCGGAGAUCAUUGUAACGAAGAUGUUUUCAAACAAGAUCUAUUUACGCUGUUCGGGUCAUUUAAGCGUAUGCUCUCAUUCAAUUAUGAGCCCACUUUGGUCGCUUCUCAGGUCGCUUUUAUUGAAAAUUUUACCUCAACCUACAAUCAACUGCUUCGAGUAUUAGUACCCGAUGAACUGACCAACAUAAUCAAAAUGAUCAUUGAUUGUUUACCAUGUCUUGAACCAUGUCCACAAAUCAUAAGAGCCAAAUUAAAAUGUAUUCAUGAAACAAUUAGCAAUGAAUUGCUUCUGAGAGACUUUGAGGCUCGCCGGGAAUUAAUUGAUCUUUUCACUGGUCAUCUUAAGGAGCACAUUAACCGACAACAAGAACUUAAAGCUUGUGCUCUAAUUAUUUCAGAUAUUUUGAAAUUUUUACACAACGAAAAGAUUAAUAUCGCUUCAUGUUCAGGAGCAGCCAUUUCAAGUGGGACAAUUACCGAUAUUUCAAAAGAAAUCGAUAUUCUAGUAAAUACCAUGUUGGAACCAAUUGUUCGAGUGAUCGUUGAACUAUCAACAACAACCUCUGGACUGGUCAACAUGAUCUCAAUCAAUCUACUUCAUUCAUAUGUUUCCUCUUUCAUGACUCUUCUUCGUUUAAUGGAUGAAGCUCACUGUCGACGUUUGUUGGACAAGAAAAAUCGUAAAGAGAAAAAGGAACUUCUUUUACAAAUAUUCUACGUUUUCAAGCAAAUUUUCCAACCCGAAAUGUACAAUAACGAUUGGACUGUGAUGAAAAUGGUCGCUAAUCAUAUUAUUUUAUGUUCGUUACAAGAAUUUUCCCUUGCUCUGACAGAAGGUUUUCUAGGCUAUGAUAAAGGUCCAACAGGUUCUUUUGAUGUUCAACUUUGGAAUUCGUUUUUCAAUCUUUCCGUUUCCUUUCUAACCCAAUCAGCACUUCAACUUGAAAAUUUUUCUCCAUCUAAACGAGAAGCCAUUUUAAACAAGUACCAAGACAUGAGGGUUUUAAUGGGUUUCUUAAUAUUAUCAAUGUGGGAAAAACUAGGUGACCAGAAAGCUCAUUUCAUACCUUCAAUGGUCGCCCCUUUUCUGGAAGUCACCCUUGUACCGGAAAAGGAACUAAGAAAAGCCACUUUACCUAUUUUUUAUGAUAUGAUUGAUGCUGAAUUUAUGUCCAACGGAUCCUUCAAACAAGUAGAAUCAAAAUUAAUUGACAAAUUGGAUAUUCUAGUCUCUGAUUAUAAAGGUGACGAUGGAUUUAAACAACUAUUUAAUGCAAUGGAACAUUUGAAAGUAGUACUUUUAGAAAAGGUUAAUGAACAAAAUCCAGUCUGGAAGGAAUUAGGAAUACAAAUGAUCCAUUCAAUUACCAAACUUCUUGAGCUUUUAUUAGAUUAUCGAAGUGUCAUGAAUGGUGAAGAAAAUCGUGACAAACGAAUGUCAUGUACAGUUAAUCUGCUUAAUUUUUACAAGAACGAAAUCAAUCGCAAAGAAAUGUACGUUCGAUACAUUUAUAAAUUGUGUGACCUUCAUAUUCCCGCUGAAAAUUAUACCGAAGCUGCAUUUACUUUGAAACUUCACGCUGACCUACUUAAUUGGAGUUGGAAUUCAAUGCCAAGAGAUGCCCUUUAUUCCGUUGAGCCCUUAGAAUGGCAAAGGAAGGAAUCUCUUUACUUGGCGAUAAUUGAUUAUUUUGACAGAGGAAAAUGUUGGGAAGAGGGAAUCCCGUUGAUCAAGGAAUUGGCAGAAUUUUACGAGAAGAAAUUAUUUGAUUACCAAAAACUUUCCAAUCUACUUAAGCAAGAAGCUCGUUUCUUUGAUAACAUUUUAACCCAAUUACGACCUGAACCAGAAUAUUUUCGAGUUUGUUUCUUUGGUAAAGGUUUUCCCAUUUUCCUCCGAAACAAAGUGUUUAUUUACCGUGGCCUAGAGUAUGAAAAGAUUGGUGCUUUUACGGCUCGAUUACAGACCGAAUUUCCUCAAAGUCAAUUGCUCACUAAAAAUAGUGCACCAGAUGAAAAAGUUAAGGAGUCUGAAGAUCAAUUUAUCCAAAUUUGUAACGUUAAACCGGUCGCUGAACCAAGAGAAGAGUUCGAGGGUAAAGAGUUACCUGAGAAAAUUUUAUCUUAUUAUUUAGUUAACGAUGUUAAAACUUUCACCUUUGACCGACCAAUUCAUAAGGGUCCGAUUGAUAAGGACAAUGAAUUUAAGUCUCUUUGGAUUGAGAGAACUGUUCUCAAGAUUGAUUGCAAAUUACCUGGAAUCUUGAGAUGGUUUGAGGUUAAAUGUAAACCUCAGGUCACCGAGUUGUCACCCGUUCAACAUGCACGGGAAACAAUUGAAAAUAUGAACAAAGAACUGCAAAAGUUAAUUGCUUCUUAUACUUGUGAACCAACUAAGGCUUUAAGUCCAUUGACCAUGCGACUUCAAGGGGUCAUUGAAGCCGCUGUUAAUGGAGGAAUCAAUAAGUAUCAUGAUGCAUUUUUCGACCCAGAAUAUAUCGCUGCUCAUCAAGCUCAUCUAAAGGAUAUUAAGCGUCUAAAACAAGCGAUUCUUCAACAAGUUCGUAUUCUUGAAGGUGGCCUUUCACUUCAUGGUCGCUUAGUUCCGGCAAAUGUUAAACCAUUACACAAACGUCUGGUCGAAAGGUUCACCAUUAUGAGACAAUCCAUCCUUGAGAAAGGGUCUUUUGACCUCGACUAUCAGGGUAUAGAUGAAAUGAGCCGAAAAUCAGCUUCCAUUAUCAACACCCCAUUACCACCUAUUCCAACGGAAACAAAGCCAUCACAUUACACCUCUAGUCAUGCAACCUCUUCAACAGUAUCUUCCAAUUCAUCAUCUGCUUCGGGUACCAUCGGUGGAUUUGGUGGACGGUCAACUGAUCAAGAAGAUCAAAUUUAUUGUGUUCCCCAUGAGUACUAUGGACCCACUCCACCAAUUCCUCCAAGUCGUAACACUCCUAAACCACCACAACCACCACCCAUACCUCAUAAUCGCCCGCGUUCCGCUGGAUUUCCCGCUAAUGGUUUAGUUUCUGACUCACCGUUGCCAUCAUGCAUUUCUACACCACCACCACCACCACCACUGCUAUCAUCAGGCGGCGGUGGUGCACCCGUUCCCGCCUCUUCACAGCUUCUUACACAUUCUCACCCAAUUGUCAAUGUUACCACUUCACGUCAAGUACCAGUCUCAUUGCCCGUCAAUUCAUCUGCUGCUGUUCAACGAAGCCGAUCAAUUCCUCGUACUCAUCAUCUCUACUCUACAGGUUUUAUUGGACAACAACAGCCACCACAACGACAAUCAGCGACACAAUACUCACCUCAUUCCCCUGUUACCACUUUAUCUAACAAUAAUCGUACUCAAGAUGACAGUGAAGUACCUCCGUUGCCUCCUCGAAACAGCAACACACUCGAUAAAAAUAGAUCAGUGACCAUAAUUCCCGUUGAUUGUCGUCGAGGACCAUUGAACAUUUUGUGAAAUAUUUUCGCCAAAUCAUUAACCCGCCAUGUAAACUUUUUUUUUGUGUACCUAGAAAAUAAUAUAAUAUUAGCUGAGCCUUUUUACAAUACAAUUCAUGUACAUUCAAGGCUUUCGUAAUUUUUUUCACUCCAUUUAUGAAUAAAUUAAAAGUCUCUAUUGACUCCAAUUUGACCAGAAUAA